UCAAACUCAGCUUUAUCUAAAUGGGUUAAAGAGUCUUUCUCCAUCCAGGACAGUAGGGGGCAGCGGCAGAGCAGCCUCCUUGAAGCAGCUGGCUAGCUGUACAAGGUGCGGCAGAGAGAAAAACAGAGACGGGACACCACCAUCGCUAGCUAACGGCUAGCGUUUAUUUUUUUUUAAGUCCCUGUUUCUUAGCAAAAAGGCUAACAUUUGAUGUAGAAAUUGUCUAAACUGGGAUAUCUAAGUAGCUUAUUAGAUUGUCAAAAGUGUCGACGACCAGCUGAACAGAAGCAGGGUCACACCAUCAACAUAUUUAGCUAGCUAGCUACCGUCAGCCCGGAAAAAUCAACGAAGCUAACGUUAGGGAGCUAAUGCCAGGUUAGCUUAGCGGGUUAGCUUUCACGAGUGUGUUAACGCCAAGACCUUAGAUUUGACUGAAUCGAUUUUAUCAACGCCAACGCUGCAAUGGCUGACGUUGACAAGCUCAACAUAGACAGUAUCAUCCAACGUCUUUUAGAAGUCAGAGGGGCAAAGCCUGGCAAGAAUGUCCAGCUGCAGGAGAAUGAGAUUCGUGGAUUAUGCCUGAAGUCCAGGGAGAUCUUUCUCAGUCAACCCAUUCUUCUGGAACUGGAGGCCCCUCUCAAGAUUUGUGGUGAUAUCCACGGGCAAUACUAUGACCUGCUGAGGCUGUUUGAGUAUGGGGGCUUCCCUCCAGAAAGCAACUAUCUGUUUCUGGGGGACUAUGUGGACAGGGGGAAGCAGUCUUUGGAAACCAUCUGCCUUCUGCUGGCCUACAAAAUCAAAUACCAAGAGAACUUCUUCCUGUUGAGGGGAAACCAUGAGUGUGCUUCAAUCAACAGAAUAUAUGGUUUCUAUGAUGAGUGUAAAAGAAGGUACAACAUCAAACUCUGGAAGACCUUCACAGAUUGUUUUAACUGCCUCCCUAUUGCCGCCAUCGUUGAUGAGAAGAUCUUUUGCUGCCACGGAGGACUCUCGCCUGACCUUCAGUCCAUGGAGCAGAUCAGACGCAUCAUGCGCCCCACUGAUGUGCCCGACCAAGGUCUGCUGUGCGAUUUGCUCUGGUCUGAUCCAGACAAGGAUGUUUUGGGCUGGGGGGAGAACGACCGGGGUGUAUCAUUUACCUUUGGCUCAGAGGUGGUUGCCAAGUUCCUGCACAAGCACGACCUGGAUCUGAUCUGUCGUGCCCAUCAGGUUGUUGAGGAUGGCUAUGAAUUCUUCGCAAAGAGGCAGCUUGUCACUUUGUUCUCAGCGCCUAACUAUUGUGGAGAGUUUGACAAUGCUGGUGCCAUGAUGAGUGUGGAUGAGACCCUCAUGUGCUCUUUCCAGAUUUUGAAACCAGCCGAGAAGAAGAAGCCCAACGGCAGCCGUCCCGUGACUCCCCCCCGCAACAUGGUCACCAAGCAAGCCAAGAAAUGAGUGGGGGGGACACAAUUGCUGGAGUCUCAUUCCUAUGUUCUGCUUUUCGUUUUUCUGCAUUUGAAGGAUUGGUUGUCCUUCAUGCUGCCAAUACUGAAAAGAUGUUCACUCCUACCCGAUGAAAGCAAACUAUUUUGUUGUUUUGUUCACAGGGGUAAAUUGAUAUGUCACCAUGAAAACCUCAGGUGUUUUGCACUCCAUUUUGCAGCUAGUCUUUGCCACAUAUGACUGUUCAAUCAGGAAAAAUUUAAUAAUAUGGCUACUUAUGCACAGGAAUGCCUUUGUUUGAAGCUGUGCACAAUUUUUCCAAUUCCUUUCAUGUCUUAUUCAUUUGUCUUUUUUUCACGGUAAUGUCGGCAAUGGGUAUUAAUGGCUAUAAAAACCAAGGGGGAAAAAGUCACAAAAACCUGUUUACUUAUGUACAAUUUUAUUUACAGUUUAUUUACAGUUGGUGUCAUAGGAUAUUGACUUGCACUGCAUCAUCACAUUUUUAAACAGGUCUUGUGCUAAACUAAAUGAAUUAAUAAACACUCUUGUAAUGUCUAAAUCUUUCUAAUAAACUUUGAGUGUAUUUUAGGGCGA